AGGUCAAAGUGUCACAACUUAGUUCGCUUCCUUUACAUGAAACUUGGGCCUUAUCUGGUGACUGCAUAAUAUUAUGGCCAAUCUGCACAUUUUUAUUUGGCUGCUGAUAUGUGUACAGUAUACAGAAGGUGCUGUAGAAUGCAUGUCAUGUGACCGUGUAGCUGAACCUCAUGAUUGUGAAAACGUGGUUACAUGUGCGGAACAUGAGCAAUGUGUCACAGAUUUCUACAUUACUCCACAAGGUCACGUGUUCUAUGAUCUUAAAUGUGCAUCAAAUAGGGUGUGUGAUGCUUUAAAUAAGUUUGGGAAGAGAGAAGUUAAACGUCAAGAUGACAAUUUAUACAUCUGCCAGCAAUGCUGUAACUCAAACCGUUGUAACCAAUAUGGAUGUGGGGACCAGAAUAAGUUGAAUCGGACACUUUGCUACAGUUGUAAUGACGUAGAGCAUCCAAGUAAAUGUGACACAGUUUCUGUUUGCGACAUAGAUAAGGAAUGCUAUACCAAAGAAUUCGUCAAUGAUAUGUUUAACACACGUUACGAGAUGGGAUGCGAGCACAAGGAGAUGUGUAAAAAGAUGAUGGGUAAAGAAUCACUCCUAGCUGGUCAUCCAAAGGCUAAGAAACAAAUAAUAGGAGGGAUUGAUAACUUUGAUAUCUGUUAUUACUGUUGUGAUAACGAUUUCUGCAACAAGAAAGAAUGUGAGAAAGGACAUCCCAGUACUCAACAUAAUAUACAGACAAGUACUAUACCAACUACUGUGACAACGAAAAAAGCGACACAACCACCGCCGACAACUACAAAAGCGACACACCCACCGCUGACAACUCCAAAAGCGACACACCCACCGCCGACAACUCCAAAAGCGACACACCCACCGCUGACAACUCCAAAAGCGACACACCCACCGCCGACAACUCCAAAAGCGACACACCCACCGCCGACAACUCCAAAAGCGACACACCCACCGCCGACAACUCCAAAAGCGACACACCCACCGCCGACAACUCCAAAAGCGACACACCCACCGCCGACAACUAAAAAAGCGACACACCCACCGCCGACAACUAAAAAAGCAACACACCCACCACCGACAACUAAAAAAGCAACACACCCACCACCGACAACUACAAAAGCGACACACCCACCGCCGACAACUACGAAAGCGACACACCCACCACCAACGACUACCAAAAGGACUCCUCCACCGACGACAACAACGACUACCAAAAUAACUCAUCCACCGACGACUGCAACGACUACCAAAAGAACUUAUCCACCGACGACAACUACUAGAAGAACUACAACGCCAACACCAACUAAACCCCCAGCGCUUAAUUGUUAUUAUUGUGAAUACAGCAGCCAUGAAAAGGAAUGUAAUCAUACUACAAAGUGUAAUCCGGGUGCAGAUCAAUGUUAUUUGAGUAGAGUAGAUGGCGGAUCUGAUAACGACAAUCUCUGUUUCUACAAGAUGGGUUGUAUGGCAAGAACCGACUGCAACCACUACAAUUCGACCCUCCAUAAGACUGGGACAGCUGUGAUGGAAAUGGAUACGAUAGAAUUUUUUGAGUGUUGUGACCAUUCAAAUUGUAAUAACCAUAUUAUACGUAAACAUCCACAACGAUGCAAUCCAUUAACUACUAUAAAACCAUAAACAAUGUCUAGACAUGUUUGAAAUUAGAAUGUAAUAAAA